GAGGCGCCGCUGGCCUCGGCUGAGCGCGGCGCACCGCCGCGCCGCGCCGUCAUGGCGCUCAGUCUCGGCUGCGCCACUAAUGCCGUCGGCGAGAGCAUCGAUCUGAGCGUGCCGUUCCAGCAACAGCGGUGGUACCACGGCGCCAUCACGCGGGUGGAGGCGGAGAAGAUCCUGCGCGCUGAACAGGAGGGCAGCUACCUAGUCCGCAUCUGCGAGUCGAGCCGGCACGACUACUCGCUCUCCCUCAAGUCAGCCCGCGGCUUCAUGCACAUGAAGAUCCGCCAGGACGCGGGCAGCAGCAAGUUCAUCUUGGGCCAGUUCAGCAAGCCGUUCGACUCGAUCCCGCAGAUGAUCCAACACUACUCCAUGACCAAGCUGCCCAUCCGCGGUGCUGAACACAUGUCUCUGCUCCACCCGGUAGCGGACGACCAGCUGCUGUAGCGCAGUCCGGUGGAGGCCGCCGGCCGUCGCGCCCGUUCAGCCUGUGAUAACUGACCGCGCUCGCGCCCGUGGCGGUCCCGCCGAGUGUGGCGAGGUCCAGCCGUUGUAGCUCCGGCGCCUGCCAGCAGCUGACGCCAAACACUCAGACUUGCCGUCCCGACAAGGUAUUUUUCGAUGCGCCCAAGCUGCUGACCAAAUCAUAUCUACGUAAACAGAGGGCUCCUAUCGUCCCAGUACGGGGGGGGGGGGGGGGGGUGUUGGGCGGCGGCCGAUGGGCGGUGUUGUACGUCAGAUGUAUUGUGUUCUAAUAUGUCCAUAUCAAUGGUCGAGGUGCGGUUUGCGGUGGGCUGUAAAAAAGCCCAAUCGUAGCUGUUUGUGACAAUAGUGCCGAUUGUGCCAAAUAAAACAUUG